AGGACGAUAGCCGGAAAGUGGUCCCACAUAGUCAUGGCGUUACUAUCGAAGAGGUUGACAUUGAAGAAUGCAAGAUGCUAUGUCAACUUGCUCAGACAGUUUUACAGAUCGGAAUCUUCUCUUCCCAAAAUAACAACACAUUACACAGUAUUUCCCAGGGAGAGCGACCCUCGCUGGAAAGAUGUGGAUAUGGAGAGGUAUGGCGAUGAGGCAGACGUUGUAAUCGUGGGAGGUGGACCAGCUGGACUGUCAGCUGCCUGUCGACUCAAACAGUUAGCCAAUGAACAAAGCCGAGAACUCAGAGUAUGCCUGGUGGAGAAGGCUUCAGAAAUAGGUGGUCACACUCUAUCAGGAGCAUGUAUAGAGCCCCGGGCUAUGUCAGAGCUGUUCCCAGACUGGGAAGAGAGAGGGGCUCCCCUGAAAACGAAGGUAACAGGUGACAAAUUUUCACUGCUGACCAAGACAGGCAGAAUACCUAUUCCAGUAUUACCAGGAAUGCCUAUUAAUAACCAUGGUAAUUACAUAGUGCGGCUGGGUAAUGUGGUGAGGUGGUUAGGAGAGCAGGCAGAGGAGCUGGGGGUAGAGCUAUACCCGGGCUAUGCUGCUAGUGAGGUUUUAUUUCAUGACGAUGGAAGUGUGAAAGGUAUAGCAACAAAUGAUGUAGGAAUUCACAAGGAUGGUUCACCAAAGGAAACGUUUGAGAGAGGGAUGGAGCUUCAUGCUAAAGUGACGAUAUUUGGAGAGGGUUGCCAUGGCCAUCUGGCCAAGCAGUUAUACAAACAGUUUAACCUCCGUGAGAACUGUCAGCCUCAGACAUACGGGAUUGGGCUGAAGGAGCUAUGGGAGGUAGCCCCAGAACAUCAUCACCCAGGCAGAGUGGAGCACACAGUUGGAUGGCCAUUUGAUAUUCACACGUAUGGUGGAACAUUUUUGUAUCAUUUGGAUGAAGGAUCACCACAAGUCGUUGUAGGCAUGGUGGUUGGUUUAGAUUACAAAAAUCCCUACCUGAGCCCCUUCCGCGAGUUCCAGAGAUUCAAGCACCACCCAUCUUUAGAACCUAUGUUUAGAUCUGGCACAAGAGUGGCGUAUGGGGCCCGAGCUCUCAAUGAAGGCGGCCUUCAGUCUCUUCCCAAGUUGACCUUUCCCGGAGGAGCUUUGAUAGGCUGCAGUCCAGGUUUCAUGAAUGUGCCUAAGAUCAAGGGCACGCAUAACGCCAUGAAGAGUGGAAUGGUGGCUGCUGAGGCAGUGUUUCAGACCAUCUGUGACCAGGAGACUAGCCCUACCUCAGCCACCAAGGGAUUGGAGCCUGCUGUUUAUGAAGAGAUGAUCCGUAAGAGCUGGGUGUGGGAUGAGAUUAAAGCUGUCCGCAAUGUACGUCCGUCUUUCAACAGUCCCCUGGGGCUGUAUGGAGGUUUGGUGUACACAGGUAUCUUCUACUGCUUACUGAGAGGCAAAGAGCCUUGGACUUUGUCUCAUAAAGGAAUGGACCAUGCUCAACUGAAGCCUGCUGCGGAGUGUACUCCUAUAGAAUACCCUAAACCUGACGGAGUGGUAAGUUUUGACCUCCUGACCUCUGUGUCACUGACCGGGACCAAUCAUGAUCAUGACCAGCCUGCCCACCUGACUCUGAUGGAUGACAGUGUGCCUGUCAACCAAAACCUGAAGCUGUAUGACGGCCCUGAACAACGCUUUUGCCCUGCAGGUGUGUAUGAAUACGUAGAGCGAGAAGAUGGCCAGGGCAGCCGGUUACAGAUCAAUGCUCAGAACUGUAUUCACUGUAAGACGUGUGACAUCAAGGACCCCAGUCAGAACAUCAACUGGGUGUGCCCACAGGGUGGGGAGGGGCCCGCUUAUAACGGCAUGUGAGGCCUCAUCACACUCAUAGCAGAGCAUUUAUUCUCUCAGGUAUCUUCAUAGUAAGCAAUUGCAAUGCAGUGCAAAGUAAUGGCUGCCUGUUGUGAUAGAGUUUACCCCUCAGAAGAGUGAAGGUGGUGAACAUUUAUCUGAGGGUGGUGGCAUAUGCAAUGUACACUUGUGAGAUAAUACUUCAAGGAAAUAAAGAUGAAAGCACAUCACUUCAGUUGUAAAUAUAUGCAUGUAUAUAUGUAUGAAACCUAUUUGUAGUCGUGUGAAAUAAACAACAA